AGUCAAAGGGUGGGCAUGGAUGGAGAGGCAGAGAAACUGCCAAUGUCUAUACUGGCUUUAUUCAUAACUGCAAAAAACUGGGAACAAUCCGAACAGCAGCAGGUGAAGGGAUCAACAAACUGGCACCUCUGGACGAUGGGACCCUCCUCGGCAGUAAGAAGGAAUGAGCUAUUGAGCAACUCUCCCGCUCAGUGAGAGAAACCGGACUCAAAAGGAUCCAUGCUGUAUGAUUCCCUUUAUACAAUUCUGGAAAAGGCAGGGGCAGAACACAGAGCCGUGGUGGCCAGGGGCUGGCAUCGACUACAAAGGGGCAUAAAGGAAUUCUGGGGGGUGAGGGAAAUGAUCUGCUUCCCGACUGCGGUGGUAGUUCUAUGAAAUUUGUCAAAACUUGAAAACACAAAAAAGGGUGAAUUUUACUGUAUGUAAAUCAUACCUCAAUAAACUUGACCAAACAAGGAGAAAAACAAGGACAGAAGGAGAAGGGAGGCUGGAGGUGAGGAGGAAGGCAAAGAGGGAGAGGAAAGACAGUGAGCACAGGGAAAAGGGCCUUGAGAAGGUAGGGAACUGCAAAGGUGGUGAGGAUCCCCUGCUUCCGCCACAGCCACAGCCCUACCAGCUCGUAGUGGGGUUUUUCCCAGGGCAGGGGCCUGAUCCAGGAAUCCUCCCCUUUUCAGCUUGGGAGCGCUGUCUCUACUGGUGGGGGGAUGUGGUCUCCGGACGUCCCUGGACCACAAGGCUUUGAGCCCCCCCUGUAGCCCUGCCUUAGGGAGUGCCCAUACUCCCGCCCCAGAUCCUGUUACCAGGAUACUGCGGAGGGCGGGGGGAGGCAUUUCCUGCCUAGAUGACUUGGCAGCUCCCACUGCCAUGGAGACCAGCUUGGAAGCCGGGAGGGCCUCCGUCUCCUCGGGCUGCUCUGACCCAGCAGCCGGGAGGAAGAAGAAGCAAAGGGACCCCUCUAGACUGGUGGAGCCUGGCCCCAAGGGUAGCCAAGCAAGGACCGAAGCCCAGAUCCACCCACCCAUCCCCAUACACGUACACAUUUCCUGGCAGCGCCAUCCCUCCCCGAACAGAUCUCUGCCCUAGAUCCUUCCUUAGCUGGAAAGUCGGGGGUUCGGGGAUCAAAGCCCCCACGUCUGUCUCCUCUCCCCUGCAGCCAUGUUUAUCAAAGUGAUGUUUGGAGCUGGCUGCUGGGAGCUGGUGAACACCUGGUGCAGCCCCGUGACCCUCACCGCCCACUUGAGGCAGAGGGGGAAGGUGCCCCAAGAUGCGAUCAUUGCCCUCCUGGCUGAGGAUGGGCACUUGGUGAGUCUGGAUGAGGGACUGGAGGAGGGGGCUUCCCAGGCCCCUUCCAUGGGCAGCCCCCUGCUGCAGGAGCGUGGGACCUAUGUCCUCGUGCAGAUCAUCAAGGGGGAGGGUGGGGCCCCCACCCGCUAUGAGUCCCUACUGGAGAACCUGGAUGACCAGUAUCCAGAGCUGGCAGAGGAGCUUCACUACCUGUCAGGCCUACACCCCACGAGUGACGGCCGGAAGAGGCGCACGAGCACUCGGCGUGGCCACCAGGAGCAAGGCCCCCUUUCAAGGCCACGAAGGAUGGGCUCCCUGCCAUCCAGGACCCGCUAGCUGGGGCCAGGAGCCAGCCAGGUCCUGUGAUCUGACACAUCAAGCCAAGUGGCUAAGCUGGACUCUGAUCCAAGGGGGUUGGCUGUGACCUCUGCCAUGUGUGAUCAGGCCCAAACAGCAGCCCACGGGCAUUCUUCUUGCAGAAUCUGGAUUUACUGAGAGUUGCAUCAGCCAGAGGGUCAAGGUCACAGACCUGAUGUGGGGCCGCCCAAGAUGUGGGUGCAGAGAAAAAGAUACAGAGGCAGAGACAAGGAGGGUGAAGGGGGCAAGCCUCCCUGAGAGCGG